AUGAGUGCUCCAGGAUAUCCGGAUUACCAUCCGCCUCACAUCGGUCUGCAGAGAAUCCAGACCGGGCCCGUGUUGCGGGAGGAAAGGAGAAAGGUCUGUGUUGCUUCUCCAUUCACCGGCAGCGUGCAAAGCUCAUGGGCGCUAGUAGAUCGAAAGCCAGUAGACCCUCCACCCAUUAUCCAACUCCGAAUGCGUGAGGAAUCCGAUCCAGCACACAAUUAUUUGCAGAGCCCGUACUACUUUAUGUGCUGUGCGUUGCACCAUCCAACAGAGGACCGAGCUGCUACGGUACCAGCAUCCACUGCCCUCGCAGGGACUCUCGUCUCAUCUUUACAUCGAUUGAAAGAUGUGGAUAAUACUGACGGAGCUUUUUUCGUUUUUGGCGACAUUUCUAUUAGAGUCGAAGGGGAAUUCAGGCUGAAAUUCAAUCUCUUUGAGAUGCGGAACCUCGCCGCCCAAAACGUUCCCAGAUCAUUUGCAGACCAGGGAGUCAAGUUACGGAUUCGUAAAGAAGCUCGAACACUCCUAGUGGGCAAUUCGGCUUACUACCAUAGAAAACGACAACUGCCGCGACCUGAAGAAUUCCCUCCCCCCCUUCCACGCUACCCAGAUAGACCUAGUUCGGCGUACCCCGAGCGACCGGUGCAGGUGAACGUUCAGACGCAACCAGCGAUGAAUACUUACGCCCAGGCUCAGGGUCAGCCUCAACCCCAGGCCCAGCCCCAACCAGACCGAGACUACUCUCCGUACUAUGCUCCAGCCCCAAAACGACAAAGAAAUUCCAUGGACUUGGGAGGGCGGCAAUUCUACGACGGUGAUAAUCGUUACUCCGCAUACAGCCGCUGCCUCAUCAAUCUAGGUUUGAUAUUGGGAGCCGCCAAGGGGCGAUUCUGCAGCUUAGCUAAGCCCGCACUAGGCCGUUCCCGGCAUGGCUUCACGGCCGACAACGGGCAUUCUGAGAGUGGUCUUGCUGGUAUAUGCUGGCACCUCACUGAGACUGCCACAAUCCCAUACUCAGACGAUUUUCUUCACCGUCGUCCCAUCGCAUCCCUUUUGCAAGUCUCCUGGUCGCUGGGGACGAUUCUGUCCGGGAUAAGACGCCUGCGGCUAAAAGGAGCGUGCUCUUCUGUUUAUCAUACGCCGUGCAUAUAUGAUCCAAAUUCGGAUCAUCGUCGUAAGGGGGUGUAUAAGCAGGAUAUUGACAAUUUGAAAAACCGAAAUACAACUCUUCAAACAUUGGUUGAAGCCAUUCUCAAUUACAAUGAAGAGGAUGUCAUGGACCUCGUGCGCCAGAUGCGAUCCAGCGAUGAUCUGGAAGCAGUGGCCGAUUCUAUCCUAAAGCGUCAGUCUAAACAAGAUGCGCAGUCAACACAAUUCUCUACACGAGAUGAAGACGGAACCACUGGGCAAAAUGUACCACAAUUCGAGUCGGAGUUGGUUGGGAGGAUCAGCGAACUCAGGCUUGAUGGUACCGUAAAGUAUGUAGGCGGAACUUCGAACCUGGUUUUCCUUCCUGCUGGUUCGGAUUCGGACGAUCCAAUUUCCCAUUUGCCUAACUCGACGGACGCUGAGCAACCUGGCGACUCAGUUACAUACUGGACUACAGUCACCACAAGCAAAGAACUGGUUCGUCACCUGCUCACUAUGUACUUCACUUGGCAUUAUCCAUACUUUACUACUCUGUCAAAGAAGUUGUUUUACCGAGAUUUCGUCCUUGGUCGACCGGGUGAAUACUGUUCUUCGUUACUCGUGAAUGCCAUGCUUGCCCUCGGUUGUCAUUUCAGUUCGUGGCCUGCUGCACGCGAGGACCCCAACGACUCUGCUACCGCUGGAGAUCAUUUCUUUCGCGAGGCAAAGAGGCUGAUCUUAGAGAACGAUGAGCAUGAAAGGGCUAGACUUUGCACCAUACAGGCCUUUGCGAUAAUAUGUUGGUCAAACUACUUGGGUCGACAGCCUCAAUUAUCCGGCCCUCAGAUCACCGUCCCCAAAGCUGAUAUCUUCCCAGAUGAAGAUUCGGAGAUAUGGUCGCCUUACACAGAUUCUGGUGUCUCACAGGACCAUGUGCAGCCUGCUCGGAUAAGGGCAGCCGCAUUGCAAAUAUCCAGACUCUGUGAAAUCAGUAGCGACUUGUUGUCAAGCUUCUAUAAUCCGAUUCCUGUGAAUAGGCAUAUGGGGAAGCAAGAAGAGUUGAGGAGAUUAAGUCAACUGCAUACUAGGUUGGAGGCAUGGAGGAGAAACCUUCCAAAAGAGAUGGAACCGAAGGACGGUCAAUUACCCCAGGUUUUACUAAUGCAGCCGUUCCUCAAAUACACUAAAGAGACUUCUCCAUUGCCACAGCACGUAUCUCCGAGGAAAUUGUGCACUCAGAGUGCUUCUAUGAUUUCGAAACUUCUUCGAAUAUACAAGCGGAGUUACAAUUUACGCCAAAUAUGCAAUGUUGCUGUGUAUAUCGUACAUUCUGCAUGUACAAUUCACCUCCUUAACCUCCCCGACAAAGCUUCGAAAAGGGAUAUUGUAUAUGGUCUCAAAAAUUUGGAAGAAAUGGCGGAGAGCUGGUUAUGCGCCCGCAGAACUCUCCGGAUUCUAGACAUAUCUGCCCAAAAGUGGCAUAUCGCACUACCUGCUGAAGCCACCGCCGUUCUUGAGCGGUCACACGCCAAAUUUGGCUCUUGGGCUUCCUGGGAUCAAGUCCAUUCGCCAUCUACAUCGGAUGAAUCAACAAAAUUGGCAAGCCAUGAGGCCCAAUCCGUUCCUUCGACGCGUGGAUCGACUCCCGAUGUGGCUCCAAAUAUUCGCGAGCCUAAUGCUCAGCCAUCAGAAAUCUCAAAUCUAGUCAAUCCGACGAUACCACAGCUCGCACAGUCGUUUGGACCUAACACUCAACCCUCAACAAUCAAUCAUGCUUCCUCAGCAGAAAGCUUACGAGGUGGUCCGCCUUUUCAAGCUGAACCCCCGGCACCUCCUCAGUUUACAGACGCUGAAAUUCGGCCAAAAAUAGAGAGGGGCGACUCCCCACCAGUUAUAACCAUGACAGACAUUGCUUCAUCUAGCUUACAAACGCCUCAAAUCCCUGCCUUUACUGGUAUUGAUAACCUCGUGGAAGAAAGUCAAGAUUGGUGGUUCAAAGACCAGAAUGCUUUGGCUCUUGGGCUAGACAAUUGGGACUGGGGUAGUCCGGAUGGAGCCUGCGGAGAUAUCGACGUUGAUCGGACACUACCACCGACAAGCACGCAGACACCGGUUUUUAGCGAAGCCGCUCACAUCAUUCCUAGCCAAGCAGCGGCUAUUAUCCGCCUAGUUCAAGGCCUGAAACGAUGA